GGCCAAAGGUCUUUCGGACAGUGGCCAAAGGUCUUUAGAUACAUAUGACCCACUUUCCUGAGAUAGGUUAUCAGAAAACACGCCCUCCAAACUCACGCCUCUCUGCAACACCUGGACCCUUAGAGCUACAGGAGCGUGCGUUCUUACAGGGAAAAAGCUCAGACACCAGCCAACGACUGUGGAACGACUGAAGAAAAAGGAUGACUUUGCGGCUGUUAACCGUUACUGUUGCUCUAUUAACAGCAGCAACGACGGAUGUCUCCUGCCAGAAGAGUGACGUCAACAACCUGAGGAAACUCCUGGAAGACCAUUUUAGCACCAACCGUCAUCACGUGACCAACCCGGCUGGGAAGACAGCUGCAAAAAAGUUCGUGAGCGACACUUUCCGCAGCUAUGGACUGAUAACCUGGGAGUGGAACUUUCAGGGAGAGAACAAGUACACAGGCACAAACAUCUUCGCCAUGUGGCCGGGAAGGAACACAGGCACGGGACUGGACAGGCCCAUCUGCCUCACGGCUGACCUGGACACGGACAAGAACAGGCCGGGACGAGACGAUAACGGGUCAGGCAUGGCCGCGGUGCUGGAGGCAGCUCGACUCAUCACAUCAGAAACCUGCAUACAAGACAACACCAUCUUCUUCGCCAUAUUCGACUUUGAAGAGCCAACUGCUGGGCCAGAUGGUGCAUGCGCAGCAGGGGCAUGCGGAAGCAAAGAGUUCAACGACUACGUUGUCCAACCAUACCUCGCCAUCACAAAAGUCGAUCCCGACCAGUGGUCCGGCAUCAUCACACUGGACUCCAUACUGAACUACAACAGCUCUGCCAUGGCCCAGCAGAUCCCACAAGAAGAUCUAUUUAAGGAGGCUCCGGGCCUGACUAACUUGUACCAAAGCAUCAAAGCCAACGACCAAAAGGGAGAUUUCAUAGCCGUUCUCUACCGGACAGACGGAGACUACACGCUUCAUUCAAAGUUCGACAAACAGUGGACCGCAGAAGGCAACCCUCAGUACAAGAUACUGUCUGGAGGUAUUCCAUACAAGAACAUCACAGAUAUCAUCGAUGCUCAAGAAGGGAAAUACUGGCAACUCUACAAAUAUCUCUUAGAGCACGACGUUUACAGUUUUUGGAAGAAAAACGUAGAUAUCCCGGCCAUCACGGUGUCCGAUUCAGGAGACCCACGUCAGAGGGAGAAACCCUGGGGUGAGGUCAGACCUGAAGACAACAUGGAGUUGACCCCAGAUCGGCUGCAGUUCCUGAAGAAAACCACAGAUGUCGUGACUGACGUGAUCCGGGACAUGUCAGGGACGCGACAGCAAUGCAGAGACCCAACCUCUGAAGCACCUUCUGGCUUCAGUUCCGGUCUGAGUCUGUCCGGAGAACUGACCCUGGACCCAGGCAAGACAGAAACCUUCACGCUAAAGGUGUCGUCAUUCACGUCCACUGGUAUCGUCAUGGCAACCUUGUCCGGCCCAAGCUGGACUCUGGACUUCGAAGGUCGGUAUGACGGUGACACACAUCUGCUGAUGCUGCGCCCGAAGGCAGUGGUGGGAGACAUAACAUCGAAACCGCUGGUUUGUGGCAUGACUGGAAACCUGGAAGAGCUGUCUGACGGUGUACUGUACAGCGGCAGACUGGAGGGGAGAUGUAGCCUUACCGAGGAGGAGUAUGGUUAUGUUACCUUCGUGCUGUACAGUGGAGGUGUUGGCGGGUCCAGUUUAGCUUUGCCCGUCAUCCUGAGUCUGGCUAGCGGGAUCCUGGUCACCGCUCUGACUGCCUGGUGCAUCGUUAAACGGAGGCGUGGCUACGAAGGUGUGCAGAAACCCCUAAUCGGUAACGAAGGCAAGCCGUAGUCCAGCGGUUUUUCUACGCCUCAACGGAAGACUGUAUCAUUCUCUUUCGUUUCUCAUUCUCAUUUCGUGGAAAAUAUCUUUUGACAGUUCUGUAAAACGCAGUGAUGAGAUCUUAAAACAAACUUAGACCGAUUUGAUUUGUCACUUGAAUGAUGUUCAGUAAUUUUUUUCCAUUCUGUAUCAAAAUAGUCGAAAACACAUUUUAAUGAAAAUAGUUGAAAAUAGCAUAAAAUGGAUCCAGACAAGACGUUAGAUGUUACAGGCACGUUUCACAAUAGGAAAAAUAUUAAGACAUUUCAAAACCCUUUACUUGCAUUCGUAUGAUUGAUCUAUAAACUUAUAUUUCACAUUCUGACUUUUAUACUGACAUCUAUACAUUGUCAUACAUUGUCACUGAUGCAAUUGUUGAAGAAUAAAUGAUCACUAUCGCCUA